UCUUUUUUUUUUCUUUUCACCGAAGAAAAUGUUCAUUUUUUAAAACCCAAAAGAUAAAGCUGGUUUUUUUGUGUUUGGUUUUUUACAAUGGGAGGGGUGACGUCAACAGUGGCGGCGAAGUUUGCGUUUUUUCCACCGAAUCCUCCGUCGUAUACGGUCGUGGAGAGUGGAGGGAAGCUGGUGAUGAAUGGGGUGGUGGCGAGAGAGAGCGUAGACGUUUUAAAGGUGGCGACUAAGAGAGGGAAUCAGGUGGUGGCUGUGUAUAUAAAGAACCCUGGAGCUGCGUUGACUGUGCUUUACUCACACGGGAAUGCAGCUGAUCUGGGGCAAAUGUAUGAUCUUUUCAGUGAACUCAGUUUACAUCUCAGAGUUAACUUAUUGGGGUAUGAUUAUUCUGGAUAUGGACAGUCAACUGGGAAGCCAACUGAACAGAACACCUAUGCUGACAUAGAAGCUGUAUAUAGAUGCCUUGGGGAGAAAUAUGGGUUGAAGGAGGAAGAUGUUAUUUUAUAUGGUCAAUCAGUUGGGAGUGGACCCACUCUAGAUUUGGCAACUCGGUUACCGAAAUUGAGGGCUGUGGUUCUUCACAGCCCAAUCUUGUCUGGUCUAAGAGUAAUGUAUCCAGUGAAGCGAACUUACUGGUUUGACAUAUAUAAGAAUAUUGACAAAAUACCGUUUGUCAAUUGUCCUGUUCUGGUAAUCCAUGGGACUGCUGAUGAUGUUGUGGAUUGGUCCCAUGGUAAGCAGCUUUGGGAACUUUGUAAAGAGAAAUAUGAACCUUUAUGGGUUAAAGGAGGGAAUCAUUGUGACUUGGAACUAUAUCCACAAUACAUCAAGCAUCUAAAAAAGUUCAUUUCAGCGAUUGAGAAAUCUCAUCGUAGAAAAGGAUCUGUCCCACUUCGUGAUCAACCAGAGAAGCCUCGGAAUAGCACAGAUUUUAGGGAGACAUCCAGACCAAGCAUUGAUCAGAGAGAAAAGUCAAGGGCUAGUAUUGACCAAAGAGAAAUGCCAAGGUUAAGCACCGAUCAUAGAGAAAAAGCCAGAAACAGCACUGAUAAGAGAGAAAAAUCAAGAAAGAGUGUGGAUCAGCCUGAGAAAUUCUGUAAUGGCUCAGACCAACCUGAGAAAGCAAGGAACAGCAUUGACCGCUUUGGAGAGAUGAUGAGAUCUGUUGGAUUGUGCAAUAUUGAUUGUUUCAGGCCCACGGCAACAGCUGUCUGAAUAGGGGACAAGUCUACUAAUUGAGGCAUGUUAUUGUGCUAUGUUUGGUAUUCUCCCCAUUUCCUUUACAAGCAAGCACCUAUGGAGCACUUGCAUUUACAUUGUCUAAUAUAGCAUCAAUAUUUAAGGUCACAGUGUAAUGAAGCUUUAUGAAGUUCCCUUUUUUUUUUCUCUUCAAAGGGCUUUAAGCUGUGAUUAGUAUUUCAUUUUGAUGUUUAGACACAGAAUAACUUGGAUUUUAUAACUUUGUAGCUUUCUUGCAAAGUUAAUGGAUUUCAUGUUUGAUA